UUAGUUGAUGCAACUCAAAUUAUUAGGAGAAAAUAAAAAGUAGGCCAAUAAGGUGUCAUGUGUCAACUUUUGGCCAUACUAGUAUAAGUGAUGAGCCGCUACAAAUACAUGAUGAUACGCACUUCACACUUCCAUUGCAAAAAUGGUUUCAUCUUCUCCCCCACAAUCUAAAGAAAUUCCAUCAGAUGAGAAAUGGGUAGAAGAGGGCAGCCGGCGUAACGCAAAAUGGUGGUAUUCCACUUUCCACACCGUGACGGCCAUGGUCGGCGCCGGCGUUCUGAGCCUGCCGUACGCCAUGGCCUACUUAGGAUGGGGAGGUGGAACAUUUGUGAUGGCCCUGUCAUGGUGCGUGACCCUCCACACCAUGUGGCAGAUGACGCAGCUCCACGAGUGCGUCCCCGGCGUGCGCUUCGACCGCUACUACGACCUCGGCCGCCACGCCUUCGGGCCGAGGCUGGGCCCCUGGAUAGUGCUCCCCCAGCAGCUCAUCGUCCAGGUUGGCUGCGACAUUGUCUACAUGGUCACCGGCGGCAAAUGCCUCAAGAACUUCAUGCAGAUCGCCUGCGCCCACUGCACUCCGAUUAGGCAGUCUUACUGGAUUUGCAUCUUCGGCGGCCUCCAUUUCUUCCUCUCGCAGCUCCCGGACUUCCACUCUGUCUCCGCCGUCUCACUGGCCGCCGCCAUCAUGUCGCUUUGCUACUCCAGCAUCGCGUGGGCGGGCAGCCUCGCCAAGGGGCGGGCCCCCGACGUGAGCUACGGCUACAAGAAGACGAGCGGGGUGGACGCUAUGUUCCGCGUGUUCAACGCGCUGGGGCAGAUCACGUUUGCGUAUGCAGGGCACGCCGUGGCGCUGGAGAUUCAGGCCACCAUUCCGUCCACGCCGGAGAUGCCGUCGAGGGUGCCGAUGUGGAAGGGCGCCGUGUUGGCGUAUUUCAUCAAUGGGAUAUGCUACUUCCCCGUAGCACUCAUCGGCUACUGGGCCUUUGGACAGGAUGUUCCCGACAAUGUUCUUGUUGCGCUCAGUAGGCCUUCCUGGCUCAUUGCUGCUGCUAACUUGAUGGUCGUCAUUCAUGUCAUUGGAAGCUAUCAGGUUUAUGCAAUGCCAGUUUUCGACAUAAUUGAGAGAAGUACGAUGAAGAGAUUGGGCAUCUCGCGUGGGAUUCUGCUCAGGCUUAUAGUUCGUUCUGCUUAUGUUGCUUUCACGCUAUUUAUUGGUGUGACAUUCCCUUUCUUUGGCGAUCUGCUUGGUUUCUUUGGUGGAUUUGGGUUUGCUCCAACUUCUUACUUUCUACCUAGCGUGAUAUGGCUGAGAAUUAUGAAACCGCCGAGAUUCAGCCUCUCCUGGAUUAUCAAUUGGGCAUGUAUAUUUUUUGGAGUGUUCAUCAUGGUGGCAUCAACAGUCGGCGGCCUGCGAAAUAUUAUUGUGGAUUCCUCAACUUAUGAAUUUUACUCAUAAAUAAAAAAUUAAUCUCGCUCUUAUGUAUGGCACAAGCCUAUGAUUUUAUGCUUGCAAAUUAAAUAUAAGGACGGCAUUUUCAU